AUGACAAUGUCAUCUGUAAUACAGUAUUCGUGUUUUGUGAUGGUGGCAAUGUUAAACAUGUGGACGUGGUACGCAGCAGGGCAAGUGGCAGUGAAGAAGGGAAGAUGGCAACUCCUGGUAGAGAAGGGUGGUGUCUCGGCCAUGCACAUGACCACCACAUACAAAAACACGGUUGUUAUGUUCGACAGGACAAACUUUGGCCCUUCACAGCUCAUGUUGGACAAAGGGCGGUGCCGGGACAACCCACAGGACCAGGCCCUGACCCACGACUGCUGGGCUCACUCCAUCGAAUACAACAUAGCCACCAACAUAAUCAGGCCGCUCAUGGUAUUCACCGAUACCUGGUGCUCGUCUGGUGCGUUCGCAGCCAACGGGACACUCGUUCAAACGGGCGGAUGGCGCGACGGAGGCACAGAUAUGCGCUACUUUGUUCCUUGCUCCGACGCCUCCUGCGACUGGGAUAAUUCUCAGCCUGUUAAGCUUCUCGCCAACCGCUGGUACGCCUCCAACCAGAUCCUUCCCGACAACCGCAUCAUCGUGGUGGGAGGCACGGGCGUGUUUAACUACGAGUUCGUUCCCAGGAGGCCCGAUGAGGGAACGUACAACCUGCCUUUCCUCAUCCAAACCCGAACCAGUACCCAAGUAGAGAACAACCUGUAUCCCUUCCUCCAUCUCUCCUCCGAUGGGAACCUCUUUAUCUUCGCCAACAGGGACUCCAUUCUCCUCGACUACAAGAACAACGUGGUGUUGAAAAAAUUCCCCAGAAUGCCGGGCGAUGGCCCACGGAACUACCCUUCCACGGGCUCUUCCGUCAUGCUGCCUCUAUCUGCCUCCAAUGGAUUUAGCAAGGUGGAAAUCCUCAUCUGCGGUGGCUGCCCAGACAAUGGUUUCGCCGCCGCUAAAGCCGGUAAUUUCAUUGCCGCCCUACGCAGCUGCGGAAGAAUGGUCAUCACGGACGCCAAUCCUUCGUGGAACAUGGAAGACAUGCCCGGGCAAAGAACCAUGUCCGACAUGCUCAUUCUCCCCAAUGGCGAAAUUCUAAUCAUAAACGGAGCAGCCAAAGGUGUGGCCGGGUGGGACAUGGCCAACACACCAGUCUUCACGCCCUACCUCUACAGACAUAGUCUACCGGCCGGGCAACAGCGUUUCUACGUUCUCGCGGCCACCGGCAUCGCUAGAAUGUACCACUCCACUGCCAACGUAUUGCCCGACGGAAGAGUUAUGGUGGGCGGCUCCAACCCACACUUCAAUUACAUUCUCACGGGAACGCAAUUCCCGUCGGAGCUCCGUUUGGAAGCGUACAGCCCCUAUUACUUGGAUAAAACGUAUGCCCCCCUUCGUCCUAAGAUAACUGCUAUGUCUCCGAGAUCCAAUAUUGCCUACGGCGCCACCUUCAGAGUGACUUUCUCAGUUUCAUCCGGUCUGACGAGUAACAGCAAUGUAGUGUUCAAUGUGUACGCUCCACCCUUCACGACUCACACCACAUCCAUGAGCCAGAGGAUGCUCUCGCUUUCCGCUUCCAGACCGGUGCUCGUUUCGAAGUCCACCAAUGUUUAUUCUUCGACUGUAGAAGCUCCACCAUCAGCUGUGGCAGCGCCUCCUGGAUAUUAUAUGCUCUUCGUUGUUAAUGGCGGUGUACCCAGCAUAGCUCGAUGGGUUCAUUUCUCCUAG